AUGGAGUUCAUUGGGACUAUCCACAGUUCCUUUAGAGGGGACAUUUCCCUCCCUUCCAGUGAAUUUAAUGUUUUCCUUUGUUCUUUUACAGAUGUUGGCAUGGCACAUGGGAAUGCUUUGGAGUUUAACAAAAUGAUUAAAGCCGCUACUGGGAAAUGUGCCCUGUUUUCCUAUUAUGGAUGUUACUGUGGAUUAGGUGGAAAGGAAACCUUGGUCACAUACUGCAGUGACCAGAGCCAGUGCAGGAGAGAGGCCUGUUUAUGCCACAGGAGCACAGCCCUCUGCUUCCAGAGGAUCCUGGUUACUCACAAUAAGUCCUACUGGGUCUAUUCAAACAGGCCUUGCAAAGGAAGCAAAGCCAGCUGUUAAGCAGGGCUGCCCUGCCCUGGACGUUUGCAGUUGUUGAUUGGCUGUGCUCAUUUUUAAGGGAGAAAUCAAACAAGAAAUGUUUGAUGCAGAACCCUGAGCCUUUGGAGCCAUCCACUCAGCUGCAUCCCAAAGCCUUACCUCGGGAUCAUGUAUCAAUAUUCAGACGGCGAGGGUAGCACAUCCAUUAGUGUGAGAUCAUAGGUGUGUGUACAAGGAGAUUGCUUUGUUAGCAAUCUUCUAGACCCCAGAGCCACCUUGAGAGUUGCCAACUUUUGCUUUUUUCUCUUUCUGGCAUUUCUAUAGCAUCU